UUGUCAAAUUGACGUAUAAUUUGUUUUGGUGGGUGCUGCAGUUGAGGUUAUAAAAAUGUUCAGAAAGCUGAAAUUAUCUCAAAUAUCGCUUUAUUACAACAGUUACUCAACCAGAGUAGCACUAGACGCAACCCUGAAGGAAAGCUUUGAGUCCAAACAGUUCAAACCACGUAAACAUCCCGGUACAACACGAGUGAAAAUUGCGAGUGUACCACCCGAUAUUCAGAAGGCUAUAAAAAUAAUUUUAGAAGACAACAAAGCCAAAGCUUUGCAGGAAGACAGCCUGAAACUUAACAACUAUCUGCGGUCUAGGUUAUUGCCCCCUGAAGAUGGAGAUAUUGAUCUAAAAGCCCAGAAAAUCUAUGACAAAAUUGAAAAGAAAACUUUCGAAAAAGUUAACACAGCAGCAGCAGAAUUGACUCCAGAUCAGUUAGAGAAGUACAACCAAAAAGUGAAAUCGAAGGUGUUCAAUAUUUUAAAGACUAAUGUGUAUAGAUGGGGGAACAUAUCCUAUGAUAAAGCGACCAGUUUGCAAUAUUUAAUGGUAAGAGCAGCUCCUGAAUAUGCUAUUUUGGUCAGAAUUCUUGAUGAAAUAGACAAAAAAUAUCCUGAUUAUAAACCAAGGAGUUUCUUCGACUUCGGUUCAGGCGUUGGUACAGGAACGUGGGCGGUCAAUACGUAUUGGAAGGGUGACAUUUUCGAAUAUUUCUGCGUUGACACAUCUGUACAUAUGAACGACUUGGCCCGGCUUAUACUUUGCCAUGGAAAAGAUAAUGUUGAGAUGCCUUUAAGAGGUUUCUUUCAACGGCAAUUCCUUCCAGCAUCGUCAGAUAUGAAAUACAGUAUUGUUUUGUCAGCUUUCUCACUAUUCGAAAUGCCCAAUAUGAAAUCUAGACUAGAAACAAUACAGAAGCUGUGGAAUAAAACCGAAGACUACUUAAUCAUCGUCGAACAAGGCACAAACGCUGGUUUUAAAAUUGUGAACGAAGNCAACGAAGCUAGAGAAUUUGUCCUCAAUCUAUCCAAAGGGAAAAACAACGGAUAUGCUUUCUCACCAUGUCCGAAUGACAAUGUUUGCCCAAGAUAUCUAGAACAAGAAACUCCAUGUAAUUUCUUGAUGAAGUACGAAUCGUUACAGUAUCCAUCCAAAGCUGAGAUACAUGCAGAUGUGUUUUCUUACGUAAUUCUCAAAAAGGGUGAAAGACCAUCCGAUGACCCACAGUGGCCUCGUAUAGUCAGAGCUCCGAUCGUCCGUUCCGGUCACACAAUUUGUAGGUUAUGUACAGCGCAAGGGGACUUGAAAGAAAUAAUAUUUUCUAAGGGAAAGUACGAUCAGGCUACAUAUAGAUGUGCAAGGUCUAGCAAUUGGGGUGAUGUUUUACCGGUGAAAUAAAAUAUG